AUGGCCCAUCACCCCAAGCUGACACUGGAGAAGGCCCAGAAGAAGCUGCGUAUUGAGGAGAAUACUUCUAUACAACUUGGAGAGGAUGUUAUCAGUGGUGGAGAGUCCAACCAACCCGAUUUUGAGCCUUGUGCUGACGGGAGCAUUCCCGAGGAUAUGUCGGACCCGAUUAGCCCAGACGAUGCUGAACCUCAGGUUCUCGGUCACGGUCAGAGGAAGAAACAGCCCACAUGGAAGAUUCUUGAUCGCUUACCACAGGCUCCUGCUCCAUUACCUCCUCCCGAGCCCUCAAUCGAGGAGCUUGAUAAACUUGUCGCCAAUGUCAUCCAAGCUCCAGACUUCUCCAAGAGUGACUUCUCGGGAUUUGAUGCAAAGCGCGAGACAGCGAAACUCGAUGCUGCAUUGUCGGACCCUGCACAUGUCAAAGAUGGCUGGCACAAGAGUGUGGUCGAGAUCCCAGUCCCGGACGGUGAUAUGCACUGA